AUGUCUUCUCGCCUCGUCCGUCGAGCCAUGAGCGUUGAGGUCCAGCCUACCGAGCUGCCAGAAGGUCGCAGUUUUGUGAUCGAGACCAACAAAAGACGCGGACUCGAGCAGCCGGGUGCCUGGUCCAAAAGAUCAAAGCCUAGCUCCGAGGGCAGCCCUGACAAUGCCACCGCUCGCUAUGGCGUAGCCUUCUCGGAGGUGGCGAUCCCUCCUUUGCCUCCAAGUUGUCAUCGUGUUCCUUGGUUGGAUGAUGAGGUAGCUAUUCCCAGCCCCGACCAGCGCAUUGCUUGGACUCCGUUGCCUGACUUGCCUGCCGCCAGGGACGCCGGUCUUCGGGCUGGCACACGCAGCGCCAGCGAGCCAGCCAGCCCGCUCGCGCCCAUCGUUCCGGACGCGCGUUUGCAGCUGGUGGUCGACAGCAUCCAGCAGAUGGUACCACAGCCUCCGAAGCUCCACGCCGAUGUUGCAACACCCCCGGAGACCAGCUCCACAAGCCCGGGCUUUCCCCGCGGUACCCCCGAGGGUCUCGCGGUCUACGGAGAUAUAAGCACCCAAAUCCCCGAGGAAAUCUUCCCGCUCGCCGCGCAACUCCAGCAACUCCACGUCUCGCGCGACUGCCCGGCAACGGACGGGGUGCAGUGUGAAUGCGAGAUGGUGCGCGCGCAGCUCUGGACGGCGAGCACCGUCCAGCUGAGCGACCCCGCCGACGCGGUAGUCGACAAGCUGAACGCCUUCCACCGGAUGCUCAUGGGUUUUGUUGGGGAUUACAUCGCGACCACCUGGCCGGCGUUCGACCGCCGCUUCGGGGAGGGGGACGCGAAGCAGGACGGACCCCCCACCCAGCCCUCGCGCGAGGAGUGGGUGCGCGUCACCCGGAUUUUCUAUCUGCACGAGAUCUGCCAGCGGGAGAUGGUCCAUCGUCGCCGGUUGAUUGCCCGCGGGGCCCGCUUGCGGGGGUUUGUGCGGUGGUCGGUCAACGAGACGCUCGACGCCGUCUGGCGCGGCUGGCUGUUGCGGCUGACCGUCUGGGAGGCGGAGCAGUUGGUCUGUGUGGCCAGUUAUCUGCGCGGAGUGUUUGCGGGUUUUCAGCAUGAGCUCGACCGCGAGCAUCUGCAUCGGGUGGAGGAUGGGCGAAGAAGGCUCUGUGUGGGCGCGGAUGAUCAGGGGAUGGCCCUCCUGCAUCGCGCUCGUGGCAGUGCGGACGAAGAGGAGCUCGGUCGGGUGCUCGAGGUCGCAGAUCGUGCGUAUAUCUGGCAGAUCACCAACCAGCACCUCCUCAACUUCCUGCGGACGGUCGGUGGUCAUAGGAGCUCGAUGCUGUACAAGGACAACUACUUCCGGGAUCCCGCCUCUGGGGCAAACAGUGCGUGGCGCUGGGCCUUGGGGAGAGGGGAGACCAGGGUGUUCGCGGGCCGUGAGCGCACGGCAGAUGCGCGCGCCUGGGGAUAUGUCUUCAUGGAUCGAGAGCGAUUGAUCAAGUAUAGGGUCUUGGAGAGUCCGUUUGUGAGGGCAGCGUGA